AUGGGUGUCAAGCCUCCUUUCAUUUACGACCGACCCAGCACCUAUACAUUCAGCGGCCCUACUGAUCAAGGCUUCAGCCCUAAAGCCGUCACUCAAGCAUCGUGGACUCCAAGACCUUCCAAGCCCAAGCAGAAUGGUCCUCUCAUUGAUUUCAAUAGGCAUCCUGAUUCGUACGUAGUUGUUCCUUACGGCAACCUCAGUGCCAAAUCUCUGAACCCUAACACGAAGAAACGAAUCACCCGCGCCCGCCAGAUCCAGCUCUUCCUACGAGCAUGCGCCUUGCUGGGGGCCGUGGGAAUCCUCUUCUGCGUCAUCGCCAUCAACAAGACUUCCGCCGCCGUUGGUUGGAUCAUUCGGCUUGCGCCCUCCGUCGCUCUUUGUCACACUGUGUAUGGCAUCUAUCAUCUUUGCCGAGCCGCCACGGGCCGGACUCCCGCUUCGACCGCCAGCUAUAUGAUAUUCGCCGCUUUGAUGGAUAGUGGUUUAAUUCCAUUCUUCGUCUUUUCAGCUUGGAUGGCAAACGCAGACUAUACCAAUAACACAUAUGGCUGGAGUACUCGGUUCAAUGAUUCGGAGCUGUCGUACAAGAUCAUAUGCGCCUUCUUCUUGCUUUCAUGCAUCGAAGGUGGUCUCUUGGUGGUAUCCUUGACCAUGGACAUCUAUUUGGGCCUGAAGUUUAAACAGAUUGCUCGGUUGCCGCCCGACAUGAACCCUCUCGAACCAACCCUCACUUCAAGGCGCAAGCGAAAUAAGUCUGAACCCAUUACGGAGAAGAACAUGCAGGCAUCUGCAUUGGCCGCCAAGAGAGAUUCGCAAGCUUCCGAAUUCAAGAGAAUUUCUUUCAUCCAUACUCGUACCGACUCGGCUGACAGUGUCACCCUCUACGGCAAUGACAGUGCCCGGAACUCAAGGGCCGAGUUCCGCAAAGAGCUGGACGAGAAUGGAAAGGACCCCUGGCGAUGGACCAAUUCUUCAUCUCCUGAACGGCCUCGCUCUGCUGUCAGUCCUUCUCCAACUUCGCGUGGUGCUGGUAUCGGCCUUGACUCCCGACCGGAGCGAUCUUCUGGCCUGGCCAAAGAGACAUCCCGACCGUCCUCAUGGCUCUCAUACCUAGACUACGAAGGUGUGCCUAGUAGCAUGAGUGGAGAGGCUACAGCAGAGCUCGACCAGGAAGUCCGUCCCUUGUCUCCAGUAUCUGCGAUAUCCACGCCAGAUGCCUCAUUCGACAAAGUUCAGCGUGAACGAGAGAAUUGGUACCAAGGUGCAGCUAGGAACAGUCAGAUACACCUCCCAGCAACUAACAGUCCAACCUACUUGCACCCGAACAGCGCGAGCAAGACAAAUUUGAGCCCAGGAUUCUUUGCACCGGCUCCUGAGCGACAGUUGAAGAAGAGAAGUCGUGAACCACUUGCCAUGAACCCUCCGACGCCUACCCGUACGCCUUACCAAGACGAGAACUCCUCCUGCACACCUCUGAAAGAAGCCGGGGUAUCACACAACGUUGACAGAGCCGUUCUCCACGAUGCUGAUGGCAACGCUCAAGCUCGACCCAAAGCGGGAUUCCGACCAUCAAACUUCAUCGACCGUGGUGGCAAGGCCCAAUUCUACGGCGACUUGAGAUCGUCCAUUGGCUCUACCAAUUCGCACAACGACAAGAAGGAGAUGGAAGUGGCGAACAAAGAAGUUGAAGAUCCGUACGAGCGAACAAGAACAUUGCAGACAGAAAAUGACUAUAGCGCCAAUUUCGAAGUCUACGGCUCGGACAGCGAGGAUGAGAGACUACGUGCGAACGUCGUCCAAGCCCAGCCUCUCUCGGCGCGAAAGGAAUGGAAUGGAGUCAGACAAGUGUCCAAUUCCACCGGAUAUGACCUUCACGGCGGUUAUGCUGAACUCGGCUCCGAGUUCGGCAAAGGUAUGGGUCGCAGACGAGAUGUCAGUGGGAAAGUCGUGGAAGAAGGUCGAGCUUCUCCCCCUAAGAACGGGCCCGCUGGUCGGGAAAGAUCCAAAGGUCUGUAA